AUUAAAAAUUGUUACCAAUACAAGUUAUGGAAUUGUAUAACUGGUGAUAAGGACCUGAUAUGGCAGAUCGAAUAUUGGCUGCAAUGGACUACCUUGACGCAUACACGAAAAUUGUUCCUCAUCAUGCAAAGCAGCGAGCACUGGGUGAUAUAGACGGUAAAUACAGUGUGGUUGAUCCGCUCCUUGAAAUAUCAUAUUACCCCUCGAUUAAAAAUGAUGUCAGCCUAGCGGGAGUGAAAAAGAUCAAUCCAAGCAACGGCAAAUCACCUGAAGAAAUCGUGGAAGAAGACAGGGAACGAAUGAUACAAUCUGCGGAACGGGCCAAGUCUGCUCCGUCUCCAUUCAAAGAUCAACCAGUGGCAUCUACAGGACGACCGAUGACGUCAUCAUCGUGGGCGACGGGUUCGUUCGGAACUAGGGAUGACGACAAGCGAAUUCACCACUCCUUGUUAACGUCUGCGUCUCGCGCUUCUAUAAAACGAUUAUCUUUCACGUCCCCUGCAGUAAACGUUGGCCCGGCAGACGUCAGAGAUGAAAUAAUGGAUGAAAUUGUUAGCAAGCCUUUGGUUUUUCAAAGAAAUAAUUUCAAGUCACAAAGCGCACCGCCUGGUGGACGAUAUGCUCCAGGUAUACUGAAAAGCGCGGGAACAAGAAGUACAAGAUGGUUGUCAUCUCCAAAACGGGCGAGAACGUCAUAUAGGAGACAAAGAAACGGUACAAAACUUUGGGAGAAGAGUCCUGGACCUUUUAUGACAGUAAAGGUUUCUGGUACCGACCUUUGGGUUAUUUCAAAUUCAACUCCAACCUCCUAUUUUGAUAACAAUCAAGACGAUGGAUUACGAGAAACAUCGGGUGCAAAUGGCACAAAAGUUCCCAAAUGGGAAGACACUGCAGAAGCUGUACCAAAACCAGAACAAACCUCCCCUCCAAGGCAUGAACGUUUACUCGGAGCUCCUGCACAAUUUGCACCUACGAUACAAUGGCUACGGUAUGAUCCAAGUGGCCCGGCGAGAAAACCUCCCGUCCUAACUCCUUUCAAAGAAUCAUUGUCAAACGGACAUCAUGGAAAAUAUUACAACGUAGAGAGUUCUUUAAGUGGAAAAGUAUCGCAACAUCUUAAUGCAAGUCCGGGUGUUAGAAUUGCUCGGAAUGGAACAGUACUGUCACAUAGUUUAAAGUUCGAAAGCUCCGAUGGAUCAGAACGUGAAUCGGACAAAGAAUCAGUCAGUGACGACAGCGACAUAGACAUUACAUCCAUAAUCCCGGCCAAACUCGCUGCAAAAAUAAAGAAGCAUUACGUGACACCAGAAAACGAGAAAGAAGAAUCAGAAGAUGAAGAAUUAAGUGAAUCUGAAAAAGAUGAGACGAAAAAAGAAGAUUCAGAUGAAGUUGUUGAAAAUGGAGUAAACGAAAUUUCGGAAGACGAAAAGGAAGAAGUAGAGAAGUCUGAUGCGAGUUUUGAUGAAUCAGAAAAAAUGUCAGAAAUAUCGUCAAUUUCAGAAGAUGAAAAUGAAAGGGAAGAAGCCAGAGAUGAAGCCAAACCUAUGCUUACAAAAGACAACUUGGCACUUCUGACUAAACUUUCAAAACAUGAUUUAUCUAAUCCAAUAUUAGAUGGCUCCAACGAGUCGGCGACAUCAUUUGAAACUCUGGAAACUUAUGAACUUGAUGAAGUCAUGGAGCAAAAUGGGGAACAUUUUGAAUCACCUAGAAUUGACAAUGCCGAACAAGACGACGUUUGGCGUAUUUUAGAAAAUGGAACUCCUAAUUUUUGGAUAACUAAAUCAAAGCAACAAAAAAUGGCGAUUCUUAAACGUAUGAGACGACAGAGAAAGUCAGAGCAACUUCCAUCAGGCAGAGAAUCUCUUCAAAGUGGUAAAACGAAAGAGGAUUACCAAGAAGUAAUUCUUCCACUUUGUUGGGCCGAUGAACUCAACAAAUCAAAUUCCAAGAUUCUACAAGUCAAAGCAAGCUCUGGUGUGACAGCUGAACAGAAUGAAAACACUUCACUUCCGGUAGUGUUUCACAAGGUUAUUCGAUACGAUGUACUACCAACCGCGACGACAUCGUCACCUUUGAGGUCAGCUGUUUCAUCGUCCAAGAACAGGUCAACGUCCGCAACUUCACAUAAUGGAGGCAUAUCGUUUGGAAUUAAGCCAUCCAAAGGCUACCGUGCACCAGUCUCAACGCCUCGAUCAAACAGAUCCGUCCGAACAAAAUCAGCAAGCACCGUGUCGUCAGCAUCUGCAUCAAGCACUCGCGGACACAGCGCCCCACACUCCAUCGUCAACGGGACAGAAAUCGUUCGACAAAGCAUCGAUCUCGCGGACUUGCUACGUGUCACACCAGACUCGCUUCCCGCCAAAAUGGCACAAGUGUCAACUCGUUCACACUCAGUGAAGAAGGAACACGUCACAAUCGUGCACGAAGAUCAUAAUGAAAACGAAAGUUUGCCAUCUAAAUCCACAACUCAUAGAACAGAGAACACAAAAGAUUUGGUUGAUUCCAAUAAUGUUCAUAUGGAACAAGAUGAUAAAUUUCACCUCGGUCCAAAAGAAAAGUCAGACAAUAGAAUUACCGCCCCAGUGGGUACAAUAAACCUGUCUGGAAUUAACUCUGAUUACACAACCAGUGGAACACCAACAUUUUCAUCCCAGAGACGCACAGACGUAAAAUCCUCAUCUAAUUUCACUACACCGCAAAACACGCCGAAGACUCCAAUGCUUCAUCAUUCAGUUGUACUCACUCCUAGGAACUCUGCAAGGGCCGCGCAGCACGGAGCAAAACGCCUCCCUGACAUGGAAGAGGAAAUGCCAAAUGGAGGCGAUUCAGCACAAGAUGACAUUCCUUUGAGUACAAAACGAGUCUCUCUCUCCGGACAAGAACAGCAAAACGGGAUUACGCCAAGAACGGCAUUUAUGAGUCGAACGAGAGGAGGCUUUUCGUCUGUACCUUUAUCUCAAAGUCGGUUGAAAUCUGGCUCACUCCGGGGAUCUGCAAGUCAUUUCUUACCCUCACACAACGGGAUGACCACCCAAAGUAAUGCAAAGCCUAUGAAGGCAUAUCCAAACAUGCAAACUGGAAUAAUAAAUGGAACCACCGACAUAUCUACAGUACAGAUAGGACAGAACAUUUUAACAGGUCACGCUAUGAAAACAGCCGACUUUAUUCAAAUCACACAAUCGUUACAUAUAUCAAAUCGUUCUGGAGGUCAAGGAGAUGUUCCAGGUGUGACAGGUAACAAAAUGUAUGACAGUUACAUGCGAGAAUUAGCGGCGCACAAAGCCACCGAAUACGAGGAAAGAGGCGAUGCCAAAAGUAUGAUACUUGGUCGUAGCUUGGGUGGUACAUCUGGCAAAUCAUCCGGAUUUUCCUUACCGCGUUCGGUGAAGAAGAAUCUAUCUGGGUAUCGUUCACAACAACAUAGUCAAGCACCGAAUAUAACACCGUUCACUCCUCAAGCAGGUCGACGAUCUGGUCUGACGAUGGUACCACAGGAUGCGAAGAUAUUACAACAUCAUUCUCAUGUUCCACAAAAAAUAGGACCCUUUGGUUUAGGUGUGAAAGGUGAUCAAGUACGUCUCAACAUUGAUAAAAAUAUUCACAACAUUUACAGAGAUUUAGGUUUACUGAAGAGUGCUAAUGAGAUAACAAAAACGGAAGACCAUAUUAGUAGUCCAGGGAGGUCGCAUCUAUCUUCAGCUAAGUCACGAACCACUGUGAAAGAAGAGUCUGUCAUUAGCAUUCCAACUGCAUCAGAGGCGUCCGCUGCCAAAGCUUCUUUGACCACGUCGAAGUACAUGUUGCCAGAUCAAAGUGAUAAAAUUGCCCUCACAAAGCGCCCAUCGUCUUCCAAUCCUUCAGUUAUCGUACAAGAUUCCGGAACGCAGUGGAGCGGAAGAACAGUGAAAUUUGGUGAGAUCGAAAGUCGAGCUAGCCCAACAACAGAUCAGAGCGCCGAAGAUCAUUCUAAAAGAAAUUCUCUAACAGAAGACCUUGCGAAACCGCCUUGUAAUGGACAGUCUAUUGAGCACACAGAUUCUCAUCCAAAAACACCCGUAAGCAUUUCUUCUGAAGAACCUAAAACGGAUACUGACGCCGUCAAAGAUCCAGUGAAAGAAGUUACGUCCUCCGAAAACAACGAUUCGGCCCGUGGUGAAUCGCGUUCGCCCACAAGUGACCGUUCAUUGGCCAGGGCAAUUUCGCGCACAAGUGACGCGGUUAGUGCUUCAGAGAGCAACUUUAGUGUGCAGUCCAUUCAGCCAGCGCCGAUCGAAAGAAGUGCAUCUGAAACCUUGCUAGAUCGUUUAGCAGAACUUGGCGACAGAGAUGGUGAAACAAGUGACGUCACUGAGGAUGAAGCAGAUGACGUUGACGUUAAAGGGGUUACAAGGGUAACUGUAAAUAUGCCUGUUAAAACAGACAACGUCUCGUGAUGCACGUUAUUUCAAAAGAAUCAAACAAUUCAUUCACUUUAGUACAAAUUGCUUUGGGAUAACUGAGGCAUGUCAAACUUCACGUUUCUAAUAAAAUACAAUUAAUUUCGACAGACUAAUAUGAAUUAUUAGUGCAUGUAACGGCGCAAUUUUAUAGUUUUGUUUCUCAGUUGAAUUUUGUUGACAUUUGACCUCCGCCCAUGCUCAUAUCCGCGGUUGCUACGAUUUUAAUGGAGGACACGAUGUGUGUGUAAUUUUAUUAUUUAUAUAUUUUUAUUAAAUACAAGAUUUUUUGUAUGAAAUUUUUUUUAUAUUCAUUUUUGCUUUUAAAAGUUGUCUGAAAGGAGUUGAUUGGAAAUUAGAAAUCAUCCAACGUCACAUUUUUCAAAACAAAGAUUAUAAAAAAUGUACUUGAAUUCGUUGUUAUAGCGUCGUCUUUUGUCGCAACAGACCACACUGCUCACUAAAAUUAAUUUCUUUAUCUUUGAUUCAGUCACAAAAGAUUUUGCGAAUUCGAAAUUAUUCUACUACCGAUCUAGUUCAACUAUCUGAUCCAAUCUUCUU